AAAAUAAAAUAAAAACAAAAAUUAAAAGCAAUUCCCUUCUGCCUGCCCCAACACCCUCCUCUUCCGCGCACGUUAGCACUUCCGCCACCUCCCCGCCGUAGCCGGCCAAUUGCCCGACGUCGUUGGGGAUCCAGUUUCGAUCUUCCUUCCAAUUUCGGAGUGCACACAUACAGAGCUGAGCGAAUUACGUUUAACUCUUAGAUUGGGGGUUUUUGGAUUGAAGAGGGAAUUUUAGGAUGAGCAGGAGGGUUUGACGAUGGCGAGGCUGCUGGGAUUGACGCGUGCCUUCGGCGAGUGGGCUGAGACACCUCGCGAGGUGACGCGGACGAUUCCGACCAGUGAAAGCAUCGGAGAGAACGGGUGGCUAAUCAGGUUCUUUGACUCCGCGUUUUUCAGCGAAUGGAUCGCCGUCAGCUACCUCUACAAGCACGAUCAUCCUGGGGUUCGGGACUACUUGUGCAACCGUAUGUAUGCUCUUCCUCUCUCCGGCCUCGAGAACUACUUAUUUCAAAUUUGUUAUAUGUUAAUUCACAAGCCCAGCCCCUCGCUCGAUAAGUUUGUAAUCGACAUUUGCUCGAAAUCUCUGAAAAUUGCGCUCAAAGUGCAUUGGUUUUUGAUGGCGGAGCUGGAGGAUGUUGAUGAUAAUGAAGGAAUUAGUAGGAUUCAGGAGAAGUGUCAGGUUGCAGCAACUUUAAUGGGGGAAUGGCCGCCAUUGGUUAAACCCCACUCACGCAGUAGUACUUUUAUGUCAUCUUUCUCCAGUAAUAAUGAUAGUGGGAGUAGCAGUAGUCCAACUGGUAAGAGUCAGGUGCUAAACAGGUUGUUGUCUUCAAAGCAGAAGCUGUUAUCAAUGACAUCCUCGCCUCCAAACAGUGUGUCAGUUCCCCGAUCUUUAUCAAUUUCGUCCUCCCCAGGGAGCUCAAAUGUACAGGAUGAUGGUGGUAAGGUUGUGGGAUCACCAGAGGACAGUAAUAAGAUCUUUAAGAAGUUCAUCCCGGGGCCGAAGAUGAGAGAUGCUCUUUCGUUUAGGAAAUCUAUGGACAAGGAAGAUGAUGAGCCUGAGAAGGAAGGGGGAUUCUUUAAGAAGCUGUUAAGGGAUAGUCGUGAUGAGGAUGCAAAGAAGGCGGUGGAUAGGAACAGGGAGACCGUUGAAGAAUCUGAAAAGGAUGGUGGGUUUCUGAAGAGAUUGUUGAGGGACAGUCGAGAUGAGGAUGUGAGGAAGUCAGUGGGUAAGGAUAGAGAGAAUGAUGACGAGCCGGAGAAAGAUGGUGGAUUUUUCAAGAGGUUAUUGCGGGAUAGUCGGGAUGAGGAUGUGAAGAAGUCAUUGGGUAAAGAUAAAAAGAAUGGCGAGGAGUUUGAGAAGGAUAGUGGAUUUUUUAAGAGGUUGCUGAGGGAUAAGGAUGAGGAUGUGGGGAAGUCAUUGGGCAAAGAUAAAGAGAUUGAUGAGGAGCCUGAGAAGGAUGUUGGGUUUUUCAAAAGGUUAUUGAGGGAUAGUCGAGAUGAUGAUACAAAGAAGUCAGUGGAUAAACAUAAAGCUCAGGAGGAACAAGAGAAAGAUGGUGGGUUUCUCAAGAGGUUAUUAAGUAGCAGUCGAGAUGAUGAUAUGAAGCAAGCUGUCCAUAAGAAUGAGGAGGAAUUGGAGAAAGAUGGUUUCUUUCGAAGGUUAUUGAGCAACAAAGAUGAGGAAGAAGAAGCUAGCUCCAGUACAGAUGGGUUUUUUAAGCGGCUGUUUCGUGAUAGUAAAAAUGAGCAAGAGGUGAAAUUGUUAUCUAAAGCCAUGGAAGAUGAAGAAAAGGAAGGGUUUUUCAAGAAGCUCUUCAAGGAUAAAUUUGAGGACAAGAAGGAUGGUUCUGAAAAAAAUGAUGAUCCAGAAAGAGUUGCAAGGAGGUCAGAAAAUGAUGAUAGAGAAGGGUUCAUCAAAAAGUUUUUUAAGGAAAUGUUUGAUGACAAAAAAGAUUUGAUUGAACAUAAUGAUGAGGAGAGGAUGAACCACGCAAAUGGGGAAGAUGAAGACUCUUCAGAAUUUUUGUUGUUUCGUAGAUUAUUCCGUGUUCAUCCAGAAGAUUCCAAAAUUUCAAUGGCCAGUGACCACACCUCUGAUACCAAUGUUCUGGAAAGCAGUCCUGGAACAGAGAAUUUUUUUCAGAAGCUGUUCAAGGAUCGUGACCGCUCAGUUGAGGAUUCGGAGCUCUAUGGCCACAAAAAGAGCAACCUGAUAUUUACUGGCUCGUUGAAACAGCAACACAAAAAGCAAAAUGAUAAGCCGCCUCUUCCUGAUAAUGCAUCACAUUACAGAAAGGGGGCUUAUCAUGAAUCUUUGGAUUUCGUUCAAGCUUUAUGUGAGACAUCUUAUGGCCUCGUUGAUGUAUUUCCCGUUGAAGAUCGUAAAACUGCCCUUCGCGAGUCACUUGUAGAUAUCAAUGUGCGGAUAGAUGAUGCUCAAAGCAGUGGAGGAAUUUGUUUUCCAAUGGGAAAGGGUAUGUGUCGUGUGGUUCACAUACCUGAAGAUGAAGCUGUUCUCUUAAACUCCAGAGAAAAAGCUCCUUAUCUGAUCUGUGUUGAAGUGUUGAAGAGUGAAGCUCCAAGUAAUUCAAAGGAUUCAUCCAGUAUACAAAAGCUUUCCAAAGGUGGAAUUCCAUUGGCAAAUGGUGAUGCCCUUUUACCAAAGCCUCCACAAUGGGCUUGUCCUUUGGGAACAGGGCAGGAUAUGUACCACAACAGUUAUGAUAGGAUGUCAAGGUCUACAUCUGAAGCUAUCGACCAAGCAAUGUCUCAAUCAUGGGAGGCCAAUGUGAAAUUUGUUCAUGUUGAAUUAUGUGUGGAAAAGCAAUCGGAAUAUACCAAUCAGUAUUUCAAAUCUCAACCUGUUUCUACUAAUCAUUCACAUCAUGGAGAGGGUGGUUGUGCAUGUCAAUUGAAGGGAGGCUGUGAUUUGGAAUGGGUGAGAGUUGUCUUGUCAGCUGAACCAGGGAUUAGCAUGGAUGACGUGGUGGACCGAGAUCCACCUCGGAGGAAAGAACAUCGGCGAGUCCCAAGUACUGUAGCUAUUGCGGAAGUCAAGGCUGCUGCUUUGAAAGGGGAAGCACCCCCAGGACUUCCUUUAAAAGGGGCUGGCCAGGACUCAUCAGAUGCUCAACCAAAGGCUGCAAAUGGGGGUCUUCCAAAAUUUAGUGAGGCAUUAUCAGGUGAGCUUUGGGAGUUGAAAAAGGACAGAAUUCGUAAAUCCUCCUUAUAUGGGAAGUUACCUGGUUGGGACUUGAGAUCUGCAAUUGUGAAGAGCGGGGACGACUGUAGGCAGGAGCACCUUGCUGUGCAACUAAUAUCACACUUUUAUGAUAUAUUCCAGGAAGCUGGACUCCCGUUGUGGCUGCGUCCUUAUGAAGUAUUAGUUACUUCCUCUUAUACAGCUCUUAUUGAAACUAUUCCAGACACGGCAUCAAUUCAUUCUAUCAAAAGUAGAUUUCCAAAUAUUUCAAGUUUACGUGACUUUUUUGUUGCUAAAUAUGGAGAAAAUUCUCCCAGUUAUAAGCUUGCACAGAGGAAUUUUGUCGAAAGCAUGGCUGGUUACUCUCUAGUUUGCUACCUUUUACAGGUAAAAGAUAGACACAAUGGAAACUUGUUAUUGGAUGAAGAGGGCCAUAUUAUACACAUCGACUUUGGUUUCAUGCUUUCUAAUUCACCUGGAGGUGUAAAUUUUGAAAGUGCACCUUUUAAAUUGACCCGUGAACUUCUUGAGGUGAUGGACUCUGAUGCUGAGGGAAUUCCAAGUGAAUUUUUUGAUUAUUUUAAGGUGUUGUGUAUUCAAGGUUUCCUCACCUGUCGGAAACAUGCUGAACGCAUAAUUCUUCUUGUUGAGAUGUUGCAGGAUUCCGAUUUUCCUUGUUUCAAGGGAGGUCCACGAACAAUACAGAACUUGAGGAAACGGUUUCAUCUUAGUUUGCCAGAAGAGCAAUGCGUCUCCUUGGUACUUUCGCUGAUCAGCAGCAGCUUGGAUGCAUGGCGAACACGACAAUACGACUACUACCAGCGAGUCUUGAACGGGAUUCUCUAAACACACGCCACAUCAUUUUUCCAUCCAUAGUGUUCUAUAUAGUUGACUUGGAGAUACCCCGCGAAUGCUUCCUGAGGAUACAAGAUUCUGAUCAUCAUUAGUGAUGAAUUUCAUCAUCCCUGUUCAAGUCACUGCACGAGUUCCGGCAGAGAUCUCUGUAGAGGGCUAACAGGCUUUAAGGUACAUUUUACGAAGAGUUCUUGAUUUCUGUAUUCAAAAGGUGUAUAGUCCGUUUGGAGAAAGAUAUUGAGCCGACUGGUCGGGAGGUGUCCUUGUACGAAUCCCUUUUCAGUGGGAACACACUGUACAGAGUGAUCGACUAAAUGAAUUCAACACCGGCUUCAGCCUAAAAUCAUUUUUGAGUCGGGUGCUACACCGAUAACCAUGUAGCCGAGAACUCGAACUCGACCUCGAGUGUGUGUGUGUGCGUGUGGAUGCAUUCUUGUUAGACUAAGUGUGCGAAUUUUUUCUCUUCUCCAUUUUGGUUCCAUCUUAUUAAGGGUUUCGAUUCUUUUAUGUGCAAUGCUUUUGCAGCAUAAUGUUUGUUCUGCUUGUUGUAUUGUGUAUAAAUUUGGUCUUGUCUGAAUGAGAAUAUGUGAAGCUUUUUGUGCUUUCAUA